AAAGCCUGGAUCUUUUGGAAGCGGAGACGCCGAGGAGACGAAGUGAUGGCAGGGUCGGGCGAAUGGCUGGAGGCGGCGCUGGUGGAGCUCUCCGGAAGGAUGGAGGCGGGAUUGUCCCUCGACAGGGAUCUCAUCCAUGGUCUCGUCUCCUUCUGCGAGAUCGCCCCGCCGCAAGAUGCCGCUGAUUACCUUAACAAUAUCGUUGGCCAGGAAACUGGACAACCUAUAAUUCAAGAAUAUAUGAAGCGAAGGGGUGUUGUUGAUUCUUCUGCUAAGACCUCUGACAUAAAAGCAUCAAGCUUUAAACCAUACGUAAAGCCACCAGCAGAAGAGGAUAAGAUUGUUGCGGUGAAGAAGCAAACAAGAGUUUCCAGAGAAACAAAUGCUUCAUUGAUCCAAGACACGAUCAAUCAAAAUGAAAAUGAGCCAAGAGGUGCCUCUAAAGGCAACUCAGCUGUUUCAAAAAAGAAAAAAAGUGGCAGAGUUAUCACUCUCGCCGAGGCAGCGAAAGGUACUGUUGUAUUCCAGCAAGGUAAGCCAUGUUCAUGCCAAGCUCGACGACACAAGCUGGUAAGCAACUGCCUAUCUUGUGGUAAGAUAGUAUGUGAACAAGAAGGCGAAGGCCCCUGUAAUUUUUGUGGUGCGCUUGUGCUUAAAGAAGGGAGUACAUAUGCUGGUCUAUCAGACAUGGCAGUUCCUCUUUCUGAAGCUGAAGCUGCAGCAGAGGCAUAUUCAAAAAGACUUGUAGAAUAUGAUAGGAACUCUGCAGCAAGGACUAAAGUUAUUGAUGAUCAGAGUGACUAUUACGAGAUUGAAGGAAAUAGCUGGUUGUCCGCAGAGGAGAAACAACUUAUACAGAAGAAGAAAAAGGAAAUUGAGGAAGCUGACGAAGCGCGGAGAGGAAAAGUUGUUGUCACAUUCGACUUGCUUGGACGCAAGGUGAUAUUGAACAAGGAUGAAGCCUCGGACUUGGACUAUGGUAUACUAAGACCAUCUGAAGAAAGGGAAUCAAACCGCAUAAAGCCUAACCCGGCCGUUAAGCUUCAGCCGGUCUUGGUCGAAACAGGUGCCAGAAGGGUUCCAGCCAAAGGAAAACCAAACAUUAGAAUGAGAAAGGGUUUAUGCCUGGAAAUAAGUGGCAGAGUGCAGCAUGAUAACAAUGAGUUGCUCCAGUUGGAUGCUGAUGGUGUCGAGAGCGCUAGUGUUUCAGGCGCAGGUGCUGGGGUUUUGGCGAGAUGAAGUUAACGAACAAGAGUGCUCUGUAUCUACCAACAAAAAGUAAUUUAGGACCUUUUUUCAGAAUAGAGAAGCAUUUUGUUAGCCUGUAUCUUUUAUUAUGGUAUAAUGCUCAAGAUACAAAUGUCUGGCUGUUCAAUUCUAUUUCUAGGGAAAAGCUGGGGAAAAUGUUUUAAAAA